CGGGUGGCCCGGGCAGACAUGCGGGUCCCGCUCCGCUCCGUGCCCGCGCUGGCGCUCUGCGCCCUAGCCCUGUUCUGCCUGGGCUGCGCUCCGACCCGGGCACUCACCUGGGCACCGACCGGAGCAUCCACCUGGGCACCGACCGGAGCAUCCACCGGGGCACUCACCUGGGCACCGACCGGAGCAUCCACCCGGGCGCUCCCCUGGGCACCGACCCUCGCCCCGGCCCGCUCCCCGCCGCGCUGCCCCGCGCUGAUGCUGCAGCUGCUCCGCGCCCCUCCCGCCCCGCUCCGCGCCGCCGCCGCCGCCGCUCUCAGCCUCUCCCCACACGGGUCCCUGCAGAACGGCUCCCGCUGGGCGCUCUCCUUCGACAUGUCCUCCCUCUCCAGCAGCCAGGAGGUGAACCUGGCUCAGCUCCGUGUCCGCCUGCCCGGCCUCUCCCGUGCCCACAACGUGUCCCUGGACAUCUACCACAGCCAGCGGCGCAGGUGCCGGGGAGAUGGGACCUGCGCCCACCAGCUCUUCCUGGGCACCGUGGCUGACAGCCCCUCUGCCACCCAGGCGUCCUGGAAGGUCUUUGAGGUCACCAACCUGCUGCGGUCCUGGCUCCACCAAGCCGCGGUCGCUGGGCACCGCGGUCCCACGGGAAGGGGGCAGUGGGAGCUGAGCGGGCCGGCUGCCCCGGCCGGCGCUGCCCUCACAGACACCGGCCCCGGGGACCCAGCGCUGCCCCAGGACGUGGCAGACAGAGUCCUGCUGCUCGUCUUCUCCAAAGACAAGUCUCCGGGGGACCACAGCCUCAUCAGGACCGCGGAGACCUCCAAGUACAUCAUGCGUGACGGCGGGGCGCGGGGCGCGGGGGCGCGCCGGCACCGCAGGAACAGGAUGGAGAGGCAAAGGAUCAAAGCGAGCGACGCUGCCGCGGCCGCCCCGCGGGACCACGGCAGGGCCCUGUGCAGGCGGGUGGACAUGAUGGUGGAUUUUGAGCAGACGGGCUGGGGAAGCUGGAUCGUCUACCCCAAGAAGUACAACGCCUACCGCUGUGAAGGGCUGUGCCCCUCACCCGUGGACGAGACCUUCAAGCCCACCAACCACGCCUACAUACAGAGUUUGCUGCAGCUCUACAAGCCCAACCAGGUGCCGUGUCCCGCCUGCUCCCCAGUCAAGAUGAGCCCCCUCUCCAUGCUCUACUACGAGAAGGGUGAAAUCGUUGUCCGCCACCACGAGGACAUGAUCAUCGAGGAGUGUGGCUGCAACUGAGACCACCCUGCUCCCUGCCAGGAAGGUGCACAUCUGUGCCCCAAAGUGCCCCAGGGACCAGCCACCCAAGGCAGGAGCACUGCACAGAGCAGGGUGUCUCUGAAGGCCGCGCUCCUGGGGGUUGGCACAGCCCUGGCCGGAGCUGGGGAGGAUCGGGUGCCCGGCAGUUCUGCAGCGCUGCACGGCCGCAGUGCCUGGCUGGAUCCGGGCUCCACGUGGAAAAGGCCUCCAGGCACCUCCCUGUGAGAGGAGCAGCUCUGGAGCUGUGGGUGCCUCGUGCUGUGUUUACCGAGGAGCUGUGUGGGACAGAGGCAGAGCUGAGGGGCAGGACUGGGGCACAGCAGCGUUGUUCCCUGCCAUGACAUGGCUCAGGCAAUGCUGCUUCUCCCAGACACAGGAAUCACCAGGAGCCACAGGUUCUCAGGACCCUGCAGCUCCAGUGUCUGGCUAUGCUGAGCAUCCACACCACUGGGAUUUUCCUUCUCCCCUAGGGUUUAGGCAUUUCUCCUAAGAAUUCUAUUAUAUGUCUAUUAAAACUAUCAGAUUUCUAUUGCAGCUCAGACAAGUUAAUGUAUUACCCAGCGUCCAGAGCCCCAGCUGGCAGAUCCAGGUGGGCAGCUGUUACAAACAAGUAACCACAGCUCUGCUCAAGCCUUUUCCCCCUCGCUGGAUGGGGUGGUACGAAAAGGUCACAGCUGUACAAUUCAUCAAUAAAUUAUAUAUAUUAAA